AUGCGCCAAAAAGAAGGCGAGUCUCUGAAAGACUAUGUGGUCCGAUUCAAUCAAGCGAAGCUGACAGUUGAUAGUCCAACCGAAGAAAUGGUCUAUGCUGCCCUCUAUCAGGGCUUACGGGUGGAAGGACCCUUGAUGUCAGAAAUUGCUCUCAAUCACCCUGAGAAUUUGACCGCCCUCACGGACAUGAUUGAGAAGUAUGUAAACCAUGAGGAAACCCUCGCGGCUCUGAGGGAUGCGGAGUCAAGCAACUCCGGAAAAAAAGGACCAGAAAGAAGAAAAACGGACCGAAACGAAAAAAAAGCCGCAAAGUAUUACCAGUUCUCCAUAGAUGAAUGGACUCCCUUGAAUUCUCCCAUUAACGAGGUAUUGAUGAAAAUAAAGAAGGAUCCGCUGUACGAAAGGCCUUAUCCCCUUCACAAUAAGAGCGUGAGAGAAGAAAAUAGAAACAAGUUCUGUGCGUUCCAUGAUGCUCGCGGUCAUGUCACCGAGGAGUGCAAACAUCUGAGAAUCUUGAUCGAGAAAUUCAUCAAAAAUGGAAAAUUACUCUGUUUCAUAGUAGACAACCAGGGCCAGCCUCGGCAGAAUCAGAGGCUUCAAGAGCAUCAAAACCGAGAGCCGAGACACAGAGAGCGUUCUCCUUUGAACCAUAAUGAAGAUCGCCGAGACAGAAGAAGGGAGGAGCCUCUGCGAGAUAGAAGCAGAAGCAGAGGUGCGCAGGGCCAUGGAUCGCGAAAUGAGCCGGUCAUCGCCGACAUCCGAACUAUAUUCGGUGGUUUCGGCGGAGGAGGAGAGACGUAUGCAGAUAGGAAGGCCUACGCUCGGCGCCAGAAACAUCAGGAGAUCAUGACUAUAGAGAGACCCCACAAAUCCCAUAGAAAGGAAUCUAUGGUGGUGGGGUUUUCAGAUGAAGAUUAUGCGGGAAUUUCACUUCCUCAUACCGACGCAAUCAUGGUCACGCUGCAGGUAGCUAACCACCGAAUCCAUCGAAUGUUCAUCGAUAACGGGAGCUCGGCUGAUAUCCUAUAUUGGUCGACCUUUCGAAACAUGGAGAUUAGCCCAAAAAAGGUGAUCUUGACAACCUGCCCUUUGGUAGGGUUUGCCGGAGAACAGGUCAUGCCGGUUGGAUCUAUUGAACUUCCAGUGACCGCUGGGGAUUAUCCGACCACAAAAACUAUAAUGGUUAAGUUUUUGUUGAUCGACAGACCCUCGACCUACAACGCAAUCAUCGGGAGGACAGCCCUUAACGAUCUGAGGGCAAUCACUUCCACUUCACAUCUGAAGAUCAAAUUCCCUACCGAGAGGGGUUUUGGGGAAGUGAGAGGAGAGCAAGGUGUGGCACGUCAGUGUUACAAUAUAACGUUGAAAGGAGCUCCUUCACUGGGAAACUGGGGGGAGAAAGGCGAGCAAUAG